CAGUCCGUGACUUAAAUCAUUUUAUUUUUACAGAUGUGCGAUGAUUCUUCCACCUUAAACCUAAAUCACCAGGUCAAAGGUCAUGCCGGAGCCAUGCUGUGACAGCGGUAUGAAAAGUUUUGCCGUGUAACACUUGUUGAUAAUGAAGUGCCCAGUCAGCUCCACAGCCUCCUCCUGCAGACCAACAAUGGAUGAGGUCACCUUCUGUGAUUAGGAAAUCCUGGACAAGCGUCAAGGGUUAUAACCCUUUUGAGUAAAUAAUGUAAUCCCUCUAAGUAGGAUUAACAUACUGCUGUCAAUCUUUGUUCACCAUUAAGUGGUUACAGUUAUUGUUGGGGUUCUUGUUUCCUUGUUUGAAUCAACACCUGAAAGGACAAGUUAACAUGAGUUAAACUGAUUUUAGACAGUUGUAAAUACUGUCCUGAGAGUUCAAUAUAUUUAUGCACAGAAAUUAAAUCAAAAUUAAUUCCAGUAGCCAUAGUUUUUGGCAACAAUAUUAUGUUGUUGUUUUUUUCAGACAGAUAGUACUGAGGAUUUCAAUCUGUGUCUAAUCUUUCUCCACCUUCACAUGACACGACGUGAGAGCCGAACGAUGAUUGUGGGAUUUAUUUUAGAAGCAGAAUUAUUUAAGACUAGUCACUUGAAAAUGGGAGGAGCCAAAAAGAAAAAGUUCUGGUUCCUCCGUUCCUCUGUUUGAACCCUCAAAUCCAGCGGGACUUCCGCUCUAUGACGUGAAGCACGGUUCCCGAACUGGUAGGGGGUCGUAGAGUAGGCUCUGCUUUAAAAGCCCCCUCUGGAGAUGCUCCAUCACCAGAGUGCACGGCGGCCUCAGUGUUGAACGACCACAGUCUCUGUUUCAUUCUAACCGGAGGUGGAGGAGAGACACAAGUUUGGAACGAAGCGGACCUGCGGCUAAUCGUCCCCAUAAUUUGGAGCUCGCUGAUCGAUGUGGUUUCUUGGAUCAACUUCUCGGGUCACGAUGAUGAUGGAUGAGCGCCUCUCUGCCUCCGCACGCUGCCUCCAGAGCGCAGGAAACGCGCCUUCCACGGUCCACAGCAUCGAGGCCAUACUGGGCUUUAAGGUGGACACGGUCUUCCACGGGUCGGCGCCCUACAGCGGCGUGGGCGAAGAACUUCUCCUGAAGGAUGCUGAGCAGAACCAGAGCGUGACACCGGCGAAGAAGAGUCAGUUCGCAGAAAGUUUAGACAGUGUGUGCGGCGCCAGCAGCGCAUCCGAAGCCUCCGUGUGUCCGGAUUCUCCGGACGGAGACGAAGGCAAACUGUCCGACGACGAAAACCCGAAGAAGAAGCACCGUCGGAAUCGAACCACGUUCACCACCUUCCAGCUGCACGAGCUGGAGAGAGCGUUCGAGAAGUCGCACUAUCCAGAUGUGUACAGCAGGGAGGAGUUGGCCAUGAAGGUCAACCUGCCCGAGGUCCGGGUGCAGGUGUGGUUCCAAAACAGACGGGCAAAGUGGCGACGGCAGGAGAAGCUGGAGGUGAACUCCAUCAAGCUCCAGGACACCUCCUCCUCCUGCCUCCUCUCUUUGAGCCACCCUCCCUCAGGCACACUGGGCUGUGGUCUUCAGCUGGACCCUUGGCUGUCCUCACCCAUCAACAGCUCCACCUCCCUGCAGUCCCUCCCUGGAUUCAUUGGUGGCUCUCCCCUCCAGGGCACGUACAACUCUUCCCCUCCUCCUCCUCCACCUCCUUCCUCCAUACCUUCCUUGUCAGCCCCUUUCCUCAACUGCCCGGCCCUGGGACAGAGCCCUCACCUGCCCCAUAUUGGAUCUAUGUGCCCUCCACCCUCUGCGUACCAGUGUUCCGCUGACCCGAGGAACUCUAGUAUCGCAUCGCUGCGGAUGAAGGCUAAGGAACACAUUCAGUCGAUGGGAAAGACCUGGUGAUGGACGUUGGUUUUAUCUCCAUGAAGCGACGUCAUCGCCUGCGUGAGAAAACUGAGUACAUUGUUGAUGUGUAGCAGCAUUGACCUCGUUGACCCCUAAACAAGGGUUCGACACAUACUGAGAAUUUACUGUUGUUUUUCUGUCCUGCCGUCGUCACCACAGACUCCUUCAGUUUCUCACUUCCUUCAGACCAGUUUCUGUCUUAACCCAGGUUUAUGUUCAUCCAUUUCUAACCAUCUGUUUGUAUUUAUUCCACCGUUGCCAAAAGAGCACUCUGUAUCAAGGUGUGUGUUUAAUGAAAUCAUUAUAAGUCCUCUUUUUACAAUAAAAAAUGUUUUCCAGUGAAACUGACAACAGCAAAUGCCUAUUAAUUGAAUGGUAUUGUUUGUUUGUUUUUAGCAGAUUUUAAUUAUAAGGGAAAAAACUAGAUUUUCGUACACUUUUAAAGGAAAGAACAUGAACUACAUGUCACUGUGACACAGCACAUCACUGCACACAACAAAAGAUGACUUUAACCCAUCGCCACAGUCAGCAGGGGGCAGCUCAGGACCUCAGUGGUAACUUGGCAGCUGGUGAACUCGAACCUGAAACCCUCCGGACCCAAGCCCUGACCUAGAAAUGUCAAGAAUUUACCUACUGUUCAAAGAGCUGAAACUGAAAGUUUCCCUUUCAGGACACAACAUCCAAAUCUGUUCAAUUCCACCACAAAUAAUUUAUCAUUUUUUUCAUUCACACCUAAUAACCGUAACCGUCAUCCCCGGUUUAAACACAACAUUAUCUGUAUCACAGCAGUGAUUUCUCAACAUGUAUCCAUGCCUUUCAUCACACAGAGGAAGAGCUGAUGUCGAUGGUGAAGACGACGAUGACA